UCAUUACCAUAGAUUCAUCAUUCACUAAUUUGGGAAUUUAUAUCAAAAUUAUUAAAUUUGAAAAAAUAAAAUAAAAUUGGUAGUACAAAUUUAUAUCAGCAUGUACUCUAGUGUACUCCAGACCAUUACAGGAAAGCUAGAGCUCUCAUUUUUUGUCCCAGAAAUUCUAAAACCUUCUUCAAAAUUGUCAUCCACACAACUCUUAAGCAUGAGAUCAUCAUAUCUCACAACACACCGUUUGGACAAUCAGCAGCAUCUCAUCCAUUCAUAACACGUGUCAAUCAUAUAGUGGACAAUCAGUGAUUUGGUUGCCAUGUCAGCUUCUUUCUCUCCCACACCAGCAAAAAAAAAAAUGUACACUUUCUGAAACCAACCAAUUUCAGCUUCAAAUCAAACCCAGAUAGCUUAUAAACUCAUAAAAAUAAAAUUAACUUUAAAAAAUUUUGAGUCUCAAUUUUUUUUUUUUUUCUGGAAAUUUGAUAACUAUGGAAGCCCUCAAUGCAGUAGGAUUGAAACCCAUUUGUGUUCUUCCUAAUCAAAGAGGAAAACCCAGAAAAUUUUCUCAAAUCCCAGUACUUCCAUCACUCAAAUUUCCAUCAAAUAAAAUAAACCCACCAAAUAUUACAGAAGAUUUAGCAAGAAAAUUUAAUGGAAGUUUAGUUUUUUUAGCUUCUACUUUUAGUGCUAAAAUUGCAGGUGCUUUAACUUAUGAGGAAGCAUUAGAACAAUCAGUAAACACAAAUUCUGCAGCUGAUUUUGAUGCUGGAAGUGUUGUCGAAACAAUCGUCAAUAACCCAAUUAUAAUUGCUGGUGGUGUUGCUGUAAUUGCAGUUCCAUUGAUUUUAUCUCAAGUUCUUGGGGGAAAACCUAAGAAUUUUGGGGUUCAAUCAGCUAAAAGUUCAUAUGCUAAAUUGGCUGAUGAUCCCAAUUCUCAGCUUCUUGAUAUAAGAUCCUUGAAGGAAUUGAGGGAAGUUGGUAGUCCUGAUAUUCGAGGAUUGAAGAAAAAGGCGGUUUCGAUUGUUUAUAGGGGUGAAGAUAAGCCAGGUUUUUUGCAGAAGUUGUCUUUGAAGUUCAAGGAUCCAGAGAAUACUACUCUGUAUAUUUUGGACAAAUUCGAUGGAAACUCGGAGUUAGUUGCAGAAUUGGUGACUGCAAAUGGGUUUAAAUCUGCAUAUGCUAUCAAAGACGGAGCAGAAGGUCCUCGAGGAUGGAUGAAUAGCAGUCUCCCCUGGAUCGUACCACAGAAAUCGUUCAGUCUUGAUUUGAGCAGUCUGACGGAAGCUUUUGGCGAGGGUAUUGACGCCUUCUCACUAGUAGCGCUUGGUGCAGCUGCUGGACUCGGUUUAUUGGCUUUUGCUGAGAUGGAAACUGUUCUCGAAGUUCUAGGCGCAGCCGCAAUUAUCCAGGUGUUCAGCAAGAACUUUCUGUUCCAAGAGGAUAGAAAGAAAACAUUGCGACAACUUGAUGAUUUCGUGAACAACAAGAUCGCUCCCAAGGAUAUUGUCUCGGAUAUAGCGGAAAUAGGAACUGCCCUUCUACCGGUAACUCUAAACAAGGCUCUCCCAGCACCCGCGGAGUCACCUUCCGAAGCUGCUAAAGUAGAAACUGUCCCCGAGCCACAACCAGAACCGCCUGUGCAGCCGGUUGCAGAAAUCAAAGCCAAAGACAGCAUCUCGAAGAUUGAAGCUGUCCUGGAGUCGCAACCAGAAGCGUCUACAGAAAUCAAUUUGACGCCUCAAAAUGAAGUUAAAGCAGCAUCACAAUCUAGGCCACUUUCUCCAUACGCAGCAUACCCAGAUUUCAAGCCUCCGACUUCCCCUUGUCCAUCGCAACCUUGAGCGUUUGAGCUUUUCGAUAAUCUUUUCGUUAUUUUGAGUUAUUAACAUGCGAUCAAUUGCCACUGCACGCGGGCAAAUGCAAGCUUGAGACAUUUGAUCGUCUCGAAUUCUAGCUAGGUCAUAAAAUUUGUACUAUUGAUAUGCUAGCUACCUUAAGGAGUUCAUUGCAAAAUGAGUUUUUUGUUUCGCUUUCUCAAAGUUGAGCCUACAUAUACACUCUAUUGUACUUGCAUACUCCUAAAUAUAAUAUCUACAAAUCCAAAGGGUUGUCUUUUGUCUA